ACCAGGAAACACGGUGCGCUUUAUUUGUAUUCACAAGUUGACAGUCGAACAGACUUUUGGUGGUCAUGGCGUUUGUUUGCAGAAAUGCUGUCGCACUGCUGAAAUCGAGCCGAGCAACACCCGCCUUGCUCUCGACUGCCGUCCGCCUGUGCAGCUCGGGUGUCCACUAUGAGUAUAUUAUGGUGGAGAAGCGAGGAGAGAAGAAGAAUGUGGGUUUCAUCCAGUUGAAUCGCCCUAAAGCUCUCAACGCGCUGUGUGAUGGCUUAAUGAAGGAGGUGGGUCAGGCCUUGGACGCCUUCGAGAGCGACGGAGACGUGGGCGCCAUCGUCAUCACUGGCAGCGAAAGGGCGUUUGCAGCCGGAGCGGACAUAAAAGAAAUGCAGAAUCGAACUUUCCAGGAGUGUUACGGGGGGAACUUUCUGGCUCACUGGAACAGAGUAUCCACUGUGAAGAAGCCUGUUAUUGCUGCUGUCAACGGAUUUGCAUUGGGAGGAGGCUGCGAGUUGGCGAUGAUGUGUGACAUCAUCUACGCUGGAGAGAAGGCACAGUUUGGCCAACCAGAGAUUAUGUUGGGGACCAUCCCUGGGGCAGGGGGCACCCAACGUCUGACCCGUGCGGUGGGCAAGUCUCUGGCCAUGGAGAUGGUGCUGACAGGAGACAAAAUUACUGCCCAAGAAGCUAAGCAGUCAGGUUUGGUGAGUAAAAUUUGCCCCGUUGACCAGCUGGUGUCUGAAGCGGUGAAAUGUGGUGAGAAAAUUGCCACUAAUUCCAAACUGGUGUCCGCCAUGGCCAAAGAGGCAGUUAAUGCAGCCUUUGAACUGACUUUGGCCGAGGGCAAUCGUUUGGAAAAGCGUUUGUUCCACGCAACGUUUGCUACGGAUGAUCGUAAGGAGGGUAUGACUGCAUUUGUGGAGAAGAGAAAAGCCAGUUUUCAGGACAAGUGAUCUGCUGAAGAAACUCCAAACAGAUCAUUGUGCUACUUGUGCAGCAAGUUGAUUGAUGGCAGUAGAACAUGGAAGAUGUUUUAUCUCCCUGUUAAGGACUAGACCUGUGGAAUUUUAUCCAGCCUAUCAGUGAACAAAUAUGAUAUUCCUGUUAUAUACCAUCAUGAAAUAGAAAUCAUAAACAUGGAAUAACAAAGCAAACAGAUCUUGUAUGUACUACAAAAAGUGGCAAUAUGGUUGGCAUUUUCCAUUUCAAUAAGUUCCCUAUUGUAAAAGGGUGAAUUCGGAUUUGAGUGAUUUAGUGCACGUUAUUUUUAUAAUUUUUAUUUUUUUUUCCAGCUUGCAGCCCUGACAACUGAGGGCGCAGUUUAUGUACAAUAAAAGUUAAUCAGUUGGAUGGUUUCAAGCCUUUUUCACUCUCAACAUAAGUCUGCCUUUUUCUGAAGUUUCUUGUCUGUGUACAUUUUGCAAAUAAAAUCUAAUAAUUGGUGUCUACUUU